AACACAAACUGCCCCUCCCACUGCUGCAGUCCUCAUCCUGGACCAGUUUGACAGCUUCUACUAGGGCAGUUUAACUCAAGUUGUCACUGACGGCUUUUUAUUUUCUGUUACUAAACUUGGACCUUUACAUGAAAAUGGGUCUCACUAUCUCAUCCUUGUUUUCCAGACUUUUUGGCAAAAAACAAAUGAGAAUACUAAUGGUUGGUCUGGAUGCCGCUGGAAAAACAACCAUCCUGUACAAACUGAAGCUUGGCGAGAUUGUCACCACUAUCCCGACUAUUGGUUUUAAUGUAGAAACUGUUGAAUAUAAAAAUAUCUGCUUUACGGUCUGGGAUGUUGGAGGUCAAGACAAGAUCAGACCCCUGUGGAGACACUACUACCAGAACACACAGGGCCUCAUCUUUGUAGUGGACAGCAAUGAUAGGGAGAGAAUUGCAGAAGCAGAAGAAGAACUUACAAAAAUGAUUCAAGAAGAUGAGUUGAAAGAUGCUGCUAUUCUGGUUUUUGCUAAUAAACAAGAUCUACCCAAUGCAAUGGGAGUGAGUGAACUGACAGAUAAAUUGCAUUUGCAUAGCAGGCGAGACAAAACUUGGUAUAUCCAAGCAACAUGUGCAACGGAAGGAACUGGUCUUUAUGAAGGUUUAGACUGGCUCUCAAGUGAGUUAGAAAAGCGGUAAGACUACUAUAAAGGACGUAAGGAGCAAUGCCAAAGGACUAUUGGAACAGUGCAAAAGAUUUCAAGGUUUACAAAGUGAUUGAGACAGGGCACAAAAUGUAAUUUCUUUAAGCAUUUUUUUUUAUUUUAAAGCAUUUAAAAGUAAUGGCUUGGACUUCCAGGUCACCAAUUUUCCCAUCAACCAAUUUCUUUGCAGAUGAUUUAAAUCAGAAUGAAGAGCAGCCAUUAUUUUAUAAUGUGCAAUGACUCAUUCCAUUCCUUUGUAAUGUGAAGUAUUGAGACAGCAAUUAACAUUUUCUUUUAGGAGGUUUUGUUGAGUUAAUAUUUGGGUGUUGUCCAUCAACAAUUUAACUCAAACUAUGGCAAAUCGUGUAUUUGAGCAAAGAAAUAAUAUGCUUUCAGUCUUUGUAAUUCAAACUAAAUGCUGAUGUAAUAAAUAAUGAAAUACUUUUGAA